AUGUCCCGCUCGCUGGCGACGACCGCGGCCGCGACGGACCAGUCUUCUGCUGCUGCUUCUGCUGCAGCUGGCGCUGGCGCUUCUACCCAGCAGGACCAAGGGGACGACCUUCUCGGCCUCUUCGACCACGUGCAGACAAGUAGUAAGCCCGUCGGUGCCGGCGGCGGCGGCGCUACGAAGUCGUCGCAACAACAGCAGCAGCAGCAGCGGACGCCCACGCGCCGGCCGCCGCCGCCGCCGCCCCCGUACGACACGGCCAUCCAGAACUCUUCCCCGAAGAGGGCCACGACCGUGCCGCCGCCGGCAAAACAGCCCCCGCCCUACCGCGAGGCGCUGGCCGCUCGGCACGAGGGUCCCCUGCUGGCGAUCGACGGCGACGAUGGGGUGGUGGAAGAGAAGGCGGCGGGGGGCGGUGAGCUGGUGGAUCUCGGGCAGGACUUCAGCCGACAGAUUAGCGCCAGCAGCGGGGAGAGCGGUGGUGGCGCCGGGAACAACUCCGGAGGAGGCGCGGCGGCUGGGACAAGAGAGUGCAACAACAACGGGGUCGUGAGUUCGUCGGCCGAUGCUGGUGGGGCGGAAGGGGGCGGGCCGGCGGCGGGCCAACAGGACUCGGCCGGGCACGUCUCGGUCCUGGACCUCUGGCACAGGGGAAGGACGGUCAGGUACCCCGUGGCGGCGGACCGGGCCGCCAUGAGCCCGAACCAGUCCGAGUCCGUGAUCGCCGUGCUGGGCGGGGGAAGCCUGCACGUGUUCAGCAUCCCGCGCAGGUGCAGGCUGCAGGAGCAGGCGGUCGCGACGGACCUGUGCAUGUGGAGAUGGUUGUCCCCAUGGGGUCUGGCCCUGGUGACAGACGGCGCGGUGUUUUACUGGAGCGUCUUGGACGGCUCCAUGGGAGGCAACAGCCCGGAGCGCGGCGGUUCCACCGGCGGCGGCGGCGGGCUCGACCGAGAUCUGUCGGGCGGGGGAGACGCAGCCGCUAACGAGAGGGAGUCAACGGCGCGUUCCCGGAGACCCAGGCAGGCGUUCGCGCGACGGCGGACGCUGACGCGGCCGGACACGCUGCACCGGGUGUACGACUACCAGCCCUCGGCGGACGGGCGGUGGGGGCUGUUGUUGGGCCCCUUCGUCGACAGCAACUGGGGGGGCGGGGGGGGGGGAGGGAGCGGCGCCCUGGGGAACGGCUACGGGAGCCACAGCAGCGGGAUAGAGGGUGGCGGGGGGCCCGUGAAGGUGGACCUGCACAGCUUCGAGAGGGGCACGACGUUCGAGUUCGAGGUCCUCGGGGCGUCGCUCAUAACCAUGCCCGGGUCGAGCCCGCCGCUGAACCUCCUCGGCCUGGUGGUGAGGGGGGAAGGGGGCGCGACGGAGCUCCGCGUGCUGGACCUGGACCGCUCGCUGGCUCAGGCGGAGGGCGCGGAGGACCUCGAGAGGCUGGCCGAGCUGGGCGAGGGCUGGCUCAUCGCCACGACCCACGUCAUCGCCGACGGCGACCUGAGGGGCUCGUGCUCGUACCGCGUGGUGGGGGUCGACGGCCGGGAACGAGGGGGGUUGGGGGAGGAUGCGGCGACGGGGGAGGCGCCGCCGCUCGUGUCCCCCCCCGUAUUCCUGCGGCAGUGGACCGAGAACACCAACGUCGUCUUCGUGGUCGGGUGCCACGGGCUUCUGCUCGUGCUGGACGUGGUGACCGGGGCCGAGCUGGCGCGCGCGCAGGCGUGCCGGGCCCCGCUGAUCGAGGCGGAGGUGGACCCGGACGUGGGGGACCUGGUGGUGGUGUCGACGGCGGACGGCGGAGGGGUGCACAGGCUGGGGGUGCGCGCGGCCGCCCUGCGAGAGAGCGUGGAGUACUACCACAAGGACCCCGAGAUGGCGACCAGGGUGUCGGCCCUGACGGGGUACGCCGGCGUGAGGCCGUUGCCCCCACCCCGACGCCAGGCCUAAAAUUAAAUACUGAGUGAUGUUUUUUUUUUUUUUAAUGGUUUGAUUUUGUCGCCGUUCGCGCCUCCAAAGGAUCAUGGUCGUGUUCUGCGCAACGCCGAAGUUGUACGUACAUACGUGAUGGAGGGCUGUACGUUUUUCCUGGAAACACCGCGAGAAACCAACGCCAAGAGUGACGCUUUUUUUUUGCUAGGCUAGGCUUGGCUGUUGUUCCAAGGGUGCGCCCCCCCCCCCCCCCGCGCGCUUCCGCUACUAGUGUUUGUCUGGUGUUACGGGCCGUCGCUGUAUGUAUGUUUCACGCACACUCAGGGGUGAGCCUCCAACACGGCCGCCUCUUCCACCCUCCGAAGCUUUUUUUAGUGCCUCCCAACUCUUUUCGUACUUUUUUUUGCGCUUUUCUUCGCUAAGCAAAGGCGGAAGGAAGACGCGGCGAAAAAAAUCGUGAACAGCGAGAGCGUGACGUGUGACGAGGGAGCCUAAUGUUUGUUGGGCGUGUACCUCUGAUUUUGGUGUCGCUGGGGUCUUAAUGUUGGUGCAUGGUUUAUUCGACUCUGGGCGGUCCUAUUAGCGCCCUCGCCAGUGUCUUCUCGUUGUUGGAGGAAGCAGCUGAGCACUUGUUUUCUGAUCGGGGCGGGGGGAGGGCCGCAAGCAUGAUGGAUUAAUUUGACAUUUUUGACGACGGCUUUCGUGUCCACGCUCUAGUAGGCGACGUUUGGUCGGGCGCUUGGUUUUGCUUGGACUGGGCCUGCUGUUUUGUCGAGAGCCCCGAUGCGAUGCGCCAGAGCCAGGGAGGGCCGGAGAGCUGCGGAGAUUGCGAGAGAGAUUGUUCUCGCCAUCGUCGUGUUUGGAGUUCUCCCCGCUUGUUUUUGUCUCCCUAACCGGCCGGUUUGUGGUUCGCGUGUGUUUCAUCGUGUCGUUUCGGGGAUCCCAUGGUUAGUUUCCCCGCUCGGUUCCCAUUUACGCACCUUUGGGGUGCCCGUUCGGGUGCUGUUGGCGGAGCAAUCAAGGGCGAGAGCACUACUUUUCUCUUUAGAACACCCGUAGAUCAUAUGUAUACUCGGUGUGAAAUCGUCGCUGGUUUUUU